ACUAAAAGCUUACGAUCUCUCUCUGCCUGCUUUCUCCUGCUUCUUCUUCUGUGCCAACGUCGCUCCAGAAGCCAGGAAGAGGUCGAGAGAUGAAGGUGGCGGCGCUGGUCAGCGGCGGCAAGGACAGCUGCUACGCCAUGAUGAAGUGCGUUCAGUACGGCCACCAGAUUGUGGCGCUCGCGAAUUUGAUGCCGGCCGACGAUUCUGUGGAUGAGCUCGAUAGCUACAUGUAUCAGACUGUUGGGCACCAAAUAAUUGUCAGUUAUGCGAAUUGUAUGGGAAUUCCAUUGUUCAGAAGACGAAUACAAGGAUCUACGAGGCACCAGAAGCUUUGCUACAGUGCGACUCCUGGGGAUGAAGUUGAAGAUAUGUAUGAGUUGUUGAAAGAAGUUAAAAAGAAGAUACCAUCAAUUGAGGCGGUAUCUUCGGGUGCUAUAGCUUCUGAUUAUCAAAGGCUACGGGUGGAAAGUGUCUGUUCAAGGUUAGGGCUUGUUUCUCUGGCAUAUUUAUGGAAACAGGAUCAAUCAUUGCUUCUUCAAGAAAUGAUUGACAAUGGAAUAGCGGCUAUUACGGUGAAGGUGGCAGCUAUGGGGUUGAAUCCUACCAAUCAUUUGGGGAAAGAUAUUUCUUUUUUGUACUCAUACCUCCAUAAGUUGAAAGAGUUGUAUGGAAUUAAUGUUUGUGGAGAAGGAGGAGAGUACGAAACUUUAACCCUUGAUUGUCCCCUCUUUGUGAAUGCUCGAAUCGUGCUUGAAGAAUUUCAGGUUAUUCUGCACUCUUCGGAUUCUAUAGCUCCUGUUGGAAUCCUACACCCAUUGGCUUUUCAUUUGGAAACUAAGGCCGAAUCCGCAUCUCUGAGUGGUUGUGACAAAAUGAAUGAUCUCCAUCAUGAGAAUAUGGGUUUAGUGUAUGAGGUACAAGCUGAGAGUUUGGAGGGAUGUGAGGAUGCUAUGGAAUCUGUUGCUGAUGUAAAUGUUUUGACCAAAGCAGCAGAUGAUGGACUCCAGAUCUCAACUAAGAAAGAGGACCUUCCAUUCUCCAUUUCUUGCUGGUUGGGAGCUUCAGAAAAAGCCUCUUCAGGUUUGCAGGAUGACCUUGAAAGUGUUUUAAGGAAGAUUGAAAAAGAACUUUCGGGACAUGGUUUGGACUGGAGGAAUGUUCUCUAUGUUCAUCUCUACAUAUCUGAUAUGAAUGAGUUUGCUGUAGCAAAUAAUACGUAUGUCAAGUUCAUCACACAGGAGAAGUGCCCCUCUGGUGUACCAUCCCGCAGUACGAUUGAGCUUCCUCUGCUUCAUGUAGGCCUGGGAAAGGCCUAUAUUGAAGUUUUAGUCACGAAAAAUCAAGAGAAAAGAGUCCUUCAUGUACAAAGUAUAUCAUGUUGGGCACCUAGCUGCAUUGGACCAUACAGCCAGGCAACCUUGCACAAGAAUGUACUUUAUAUGGCUGGGCAACUGGGGCUUUACCCUCCAACAAUGACUCUCAGCAAAGGAGGUGCUGUAGCUGAGUUAGAGCUAGCACUAGAAAACAGUGAAGCUGUGGCUAAAUGUUUUAAUUGUUCAAUAUCUACCUCUUCUGUUCUGUUCGUCGUGUACUGCUCAGAAUCUAUUCCCUCAUCAGAGAGGGGUAAAAUUCAGGAGAAACUGGAGGCAUUCCUUAAGCAGAUUAGGUCUAGCCAUUUGAAAGAAGGAAAUUUGCCGAAGGUGCUCGAUCACUUAUCUCUGUAUGUCCUUGUGCCUGAUCUGCCAAAGAGAGCAUUGGUAGAAGUGAAGCCAUUACUAUAUGUCAUGGAUGAUGCAGAAACGGUAGCUGAAGGCAAGUCUCUAACGAGAACGAGCAAUUCGAGUUUUCAGCAUGAAAGCUGGCAUGAUUCUUGCAUUAACAGACUUAUUGUCAAUGGGAUGAUCUGUGCGGUAGUAUUGUCAGUCACAAAUGAGACUGCUGUAAGGUUAUGUUCUGAGUUUCUUGCCGCCAAUCGGAAAAGUGAUCACAUUCAAAAUCUUAUAUCAGAGAGGCAAAUGGAAAGAAUAUUAAGAUUUUGCAUUUAUCUCCUUGAUAAAAUUCUUGCAGAGAACAGUUUCUUUUGGGAAGAAAUUGUGAGCCUAAGGGUCUAUUAUCCAGUGAGCCUGCAAAUUCCCCUGGAUACGUUAGCGCUGAUUAUCAAGAACGCCUUUAAAGAACUCGAAGAGAUACGUCGGCUACCUAUCUUCAACCUCAUCCCUGUCUUAGGUGCCGGGAGGUCUACUUCCAUGGACGAUCUGAUAACAUGGGAACUAUUUGCACAAAGGACGUGACUUACACAAACUUUCCUGUAACUUUAUAUUUCCAAUCUUGGACGUUCUGGCUGGUCAUGCUUAUUUUAAAUGGUUAUAGGAAGUGACUGUCUUAAAGAACUCAGUAUGAAUUUUGAUGAUCACGGCUGCAUUUCAGUUCGCUUUCCUAGACCUA